AUCACCGGGACGAGACGGGAGCGAUAGACCGUGAGCUCGACACGACGACGGACGACUGCGACGGAAAGCAACACGGAGGACGAAGGGCCAAAACCGGGACCGAACAGCAAUCAACGCAACGAACGGAGGAAUCGGCCGGGUUGGGAUCCACCUGCCUCCUCGAACAACCAUGGAAGUACAGAAAACGAAACAAAGAGGAAGACGAUACUCAACACAGUAUCUUUGUCAGGAAUGUGACCGUACCUUCACCAGAUCAUCAGCGCUGAAGAAUCAUCAGAAGCUUCACUCUAGAGAGAAACUAUACAGCUGUGACCAGUGUGGCAAAACAUUUACUGGCAGAGGUAACCUACAGAGUCAUCAGCAAGUUCAUGCAGGAGAAAGACCAUACACCUGCACCGAAUGUGGAGCAGCAUUUAAAAGGUCAAGUACGUUGACAAUCCACAAUCGUGUUCACACUGGAGAGAAACCAUACUCAUGUGAACAGUGUGGAAAAGCAUUCUCUUGCAGAAGUCAUUUACAGAGUCACCAACGUGUUCACACAGGAGAGAAACCAUACUCAUGUGAACAGUGUGGAAAAGCAUUCGGUCACAGACCUGAUUUAAUGAGACACAAACUUGUUCACACGGGAGAGAAGCCUUAUAUUUGUGAACAAUGUGGAAAAGCAUUCUCUCAGCGCAAUAGCUUAAUGAUACACAGACGUUUUCACACUGGAGAGAAGCCUCAUUCGUGUGAACAGUGUGGUAAAGCAUUCUCUCAACGCAGUCAUCUACUGAUUCACCAACAUGCUCACACGGGAGAGAAGCCUCACUCAUGUGAACAGUGUGGAAAAGCAUUCGCUCAACACAGAAGUUUACUGACUCACCAACGUGUUCACACUGGCGAGAAACCUCAUCCUUGUGAACAGUGUGGAAAAGCAUUCUCUCAGCGCAGUCAUUUACUGAGUCACCGACGUGUUCACACCGGAGAGAAGCCUCAUAUUUGUGAACAAUGUGGAAAAGCAUUCUCUCAACGCAGUCAAUUACUGACACACCAACGUGUUCACACGGGAGAGAAGCCUUACUCAUGUGAACAGUGUGGCAAAGCAUUCUCUGACAGCAGUCAAUUACUGAUUCACCGACGUGUUCACACAGGAGAGAAGCCUUACUCAUGUGAACAAUGUGGAAAAGCAUUCUCUCAACGCAGUCAUUUACUGAUUCACCGACGUGUUCACACCGGAGAGAAGCCUCACUCAUGUGAACAGUGUGGAAAAGCAUUCGCUCAACACAGAAGUUUACUGACUCACCAACGUGUUCACACUGGCGAGAAGCCUCAUAUUUGUGAACAAUGUGGAAAAGCAUUCUCUCAACGCAGUCAAUUACUGAUUCACCAACGUUCUCACACAGAAGAGAAGCCUCACUCGUGUGAACAGUGUGGAAAAGCAUUCUCUGACAGCAGUCAUUUACGGAGACACCAACGUGUUCACAAUAAUGAGGCUUCUCUCUAGUGUAAACAGUGUGGGAAAGUAUUUGUGAUGUUACAUGUGCUGCCUUUCUCGUGCCCCAGUAAAGGUUGUGUGGCAUCACCAUUAGGCCAAUAGGCGAAAGACAACAUUGAAACAAAAACUAGGCUAAACAUAAUUUAGAUGUCAGCCAUAAUAGCUUCAGUUUCUUUUCUAUUCUGCGUCAGCGACGUGCCCGGGGUGGGGAAUAGCCACUGCCUAUUUGCCCUCACAAUUCAAAGUGCCCUGAACAAUGGCAAAUAAUUAAUUUUUUUCCUACUCCACUCUGGGUUUUACCUUUCUCGUUCAAGCCCAAAUAGCCACAGUCUCUGUCAGUCUCUGCCCUUAAAAAUGUCUGCACAGCACUGGCCUGUGUAAUGAAAAUAAUGUCUUAUCAUAUAGUCUUAUCCUUUAGUUUAUGCCCCAUUGUGUGCAUGGAAUUCAUCUCAUUCGGGUUGUCAUAUCAGUUUUAAGUAUUGUAUGGGGAAAAAGUGUUCUUCCUUAUUCUGUGUGUUUUUUAUAUGAUUUAUGAUUAAUGUUCUGCAAUUAAUAACUUGUGUUUUGUCUUACAUCUGUUUUAUGUACUUGACAUUUCACCUAGAUUGUUCAAUAGUGGUCUCUGCCUGAUAGAAUCUGGACUCUAGCUCCCAAACCCAAGGCCAGGGAGUUCUGUCUCUCUGUCUGUUAACUGUUAUAACACUCCCCCCUUUUUAUUAUACAUUAAUCAAACACUAAGAAUAAAAAUUGUCAAACAUAGCAUUUCCUAAUAAUAAAAGACCCUUGCAAAUAAAACAAUAAGUGUUUUAACUCAUCAAAAUUCAAAAAUACAGCUUCAUAUAAAAUGCAGGUAACUUAGGGAGGUUGGGAGCUGUUUUUGUGGGUACCAAAAUCAUCAUCAAACUCAUUAAGUGAAUUAGAGUCAGGGUUUCUGAACAUAGUGCAUUGUGUCAUUUGAUACGAGAGUGCUGCUGAGGUCACACGCAUGACAAGCCCUCUAAUCAGUGGGAUAACGCAACAACCAAGCAAGAGAAUCACAGCCAUCACAAUGAUAAAGGAAACAGCUGCAGACAUGAGAACAGAUUUCCACUUUCCAGAUAUUUCGUCUAGCCAAUUCCAAGAGGAAGAAUUUGUACCAGAGUUAGCUGAGACUCUGAAGGCCGUGCAACACCUUCGCCACAGUACCAUUAGAAUCAGUAUUAUUUGGGAUACAAGUACAACAUGCCUCUUCGAACAUAACACAUGCCUCGUUUGUCGUUUGCUAACAACAUGUCUACUGUCAUUUGAUUCUGCCGUCUGGGAUGUAAGAGCCAAUUGUUCAGACAUGACCUUCAUGCCAUCAUAACAUUAAUGAAACGCCAUUGAUUGUAAUAAAACAGUUAAUGUAUGUUAACCAUAAUUCCAGUGGGGUUCUGUUUCAUAUAAUCUUAAAAUACAUUUCAUGCUUUUGGAUUUUUAAUUGUACAUUUGGAUCUAGAGAAUCAGGGAUUAACCAGAAUGAUGAUGCAUUUGCUGCUUGUGUUGUCUUAUAACCAUUUGAACUAUUUGUUGUUGUGAAAUGUUCUCAUUCACAAAAAGUGUAAAAUUACACAGAAACAUCAUAUCAUCAAGGUAAUAAUCAGAGUAACAUAAAAUGAAUUCUAACAGCAUGGUUGCAAUUGAUUUCUCCUAACGGUUCGCUUCGUCCUGUUGAACAGUAGCGUUAGAUGGUUUCAUACCUGUGUGUUGAUGGUGGACAGUGACAGUUUGUUGGGGUCCUUCAGGUUGUGAUCAGCUGAUCACAGAGACAUUUAGGAUUUGUCAUCACUGCCAGGUUUCCCUCCCAAUGUUGUUUGAGCCACUGUCACUUCUGUUAUGUGAAGAGUCUACACGUCGUCCAGCGUUGGCAACUUAAGACUGCUCGUGUGUGUUUUCUCAGGAACGUGUCACCUGUUGGGAAAUCUGAAUUGUGGGGAAAAAGUGUUUGGGCGGCACGGCUUGUCAUCAGGCCCAAACCAGACUCCAUGGCUACAAGUGGAACCAUUCGUCUGCCAGAGUCUGUGUUCCUGUGAGGUAGAAAAUGUUUAAAGCACAGGGAGAGAUGAGGAAGGAGAGGGUAGAGAGUGUUGGAGAGGGAAACAAGGAUCAGGAGAGGAAAUGAGGAUCAGGAGAGGGAAGAGUUGCCGGGCAGCGACCUUUGCAGCAGCGUCUACAGCUGCAUGUCGGCAGAAACAAGUCGUCACUGAUGGUGUGAGUCGGACAGUUACAAACAGCAUUAGUUGUAGGUGGCAGGACAAUGUCCAGCAAAGCAGCAACCUUAUGAUGGUGUAAGAUAGGUUUGCAAUCAGACUUCAAAAGCUUCCUAAGCUUCCGUAGCACCAAAGUGUGACAUUAAAAGCAUCUAUGCAGUCUGUGUGGAUGUUAACAGGCGCUCCUUCUGCUAGUUUACUGAGUCAGAUCAGGAAGAUCCAAAGUAGGAGCUUGCUGAAGAGCAAGCAUGAGGUCA